UUAUCUAAUCUUCGUGGUCAUUUGGCAUCCAAAGGUGUACUAUUUCUCUAUUGUCUACGUGGCAAUAUCAUGGUUCCCGUUAUCUACGAUGGAGUAGUGUAGUCAUUCCCUUAUCCAAACAAUGCCGAGACACGCCUGUUUGUUCGGUAAAUAUCUACGACUCCAUGGAUUCGUACAACGCAAGGGGUUUAAGAAGAAUCAAGUAAUACAUCCUAUACCCGUAAAAGCAUACGGGCGAGUACCCUCGGCAGCAUCGCAAACUGGACUAUAUCACGAUGAGGAUUUUAACUACUAUUCCAAAGUUGCCUUCUCGUUGAAGCGUACACGGGUUAAAUUGAGACCCAAUGUAGUCAAGAAGGACAUUGAGUCAGAGCUGUUAAAUAGCACACUGACCAACGUCAGGGUAACCACUAGUGCCAUACAUGCCAUGACCUCAGCCGGCGGAUUUGAUAACUAUAUACUCAAUACGCCACCCGAGCAGCUAAGGUCGCAACUAGGUGAACGUAUGCGAUCAGUAGCAUACUUCUACAAGCAGUUUCCCGAUAUUCGCGCGAUGCAGUUGCCGUGGAAGCUGUUUUAUUCGGAACGCAGUAGGAAUGACCCUGUAUAUACCAUAUAUAAACACUUCAUGGCGAAGGCACUUGCCGAGAAGAAGUUAGCAAAUGAGCAGAAGAGAUAUUCACCAUUCUACCUACCACCUAGUUCAGGCUUAAUGCCCGAGCGGCAGCACUUUAAAAUGGAUACCCCGGUGGGAGACAUUAGUCCAGACGACAGCACUGCUAUGCCUAACGAUAGGAAGUUAGACCUCUGGUGGAAGCGCGAGAAUCGUGAAGCUGAGUUCAGAGAUAAGCUAGGCACCGCCACGGGAUUUGAUGCGGCGCAUGUUGAUGUUAACUUUUUACACGCAUAUCGCAAGGGCGGCGCACUCGGUGGUGGCGGACCUCACGGCAAGGCCGUAAGGCGCCGCAGCAAGACAUUCCACUGGAAUGGCAGCCCUUAGCCAUGGAGCUACCACACCUGGAAGUGUACAUUGGGA